CCGGCGGCGGCCGCCGUGCGCACUGCCCUUGGGCCGGCCGGAGCGCUCGGGUGAUGGUGGGCACCAUGUGGGCCGGUCGCGUGCUCCACGCUGCUUUGUCCGCAGUCCCCCGCGGCCGCCGCGCGCAGUCGGCGCUGACCCAGCUGCGUGGCGUCCUGGAAGAGGAGCUGGAAGCGAUCCGCGAGGCUGGCACCUGGAAGAGCGAGCGGGUCAUUACGUCCCGUCAGGGGCCGCGCAUCCACGUGGACGGCGUCUCCGGAGGAAUCCUUAACUUCUGUGCCAACAACUACCUGGGCCUGAGCAGCCACCCCGAGGUGAUCCAGGCAGGUCUGCAGGCCCUGGAGGAGUUUGGAGCCGGCCUUAGCUCUACCCGCUUCAUCUGUGGGACCCAGAGCAUCCACAAGGAUCUGGAAGCAAAGAUAGCCCACUUCCACCAGCGGGAGGAUGCCAUCCUGUAUCCUAGCUGUUUUGAUGCCAACACUGGCCUCUUUGAGGCCCUGCUGACCCCACAGGACGCAGUCCUGUCGGACGAGCUGAACCAUGCCUCCAUCAUCGAUGGCAUCCGUCUGUGCAAGGCCCAUAAGUACUGUUACUGCCACCUGGACAUGGCUGACUUGGAGGCCAAGCUGCAGGAGGCCCAGAAGCAUCGACUGCGCUUGGUGGCCACUGAUGGGGCCUUUUCCAUGGACGGCGACAUCGCGCCCCUGCGGGAGAUCUGCCACCUUGCCUCUCGAUAUGGUGCCCUGGUCUUUGUGGAUGAAUGCCAUGCUACUGGCUUCUUGGGGGCCACAGGACGGGGCACGGAUGAGCUGCUGGGUGUGAUGGACCAGGUCACCGUCAUCAACUCCACACUGGGGAAGGCACUGGGUGGAGCCUCAGGGGGCUACACGACAGGGCCCGGGCCCCUGGUGUCCCUGCUACGGCAGCGCUCCCGGCCCUACCUCUUCUCCAACAGCCUGCCACCUGCUGUCGUUGGCUGUGCCUCCAAGGCCCUGGACCUGCUCAUGGAGAGCAAUGCCAUUGUCCAGACUAUGGCAGCCAAGACCCAGCGUUUCCGCAGUAAGAUGGAGGCUGCUGGCUUCACCAUCUUGGGAGCCCGUCACCCUAUCUGCCCUGUGAUGCUGGGUGAUGCUCGGCUGGCUUCUUGCAUGGCAGAUGACAUGCUAAAGAGAGGCAUCUUUGUCAUCGGGUUCAGCUAUCCAGUGGUCCCCAGGGGCAAGGCCCGGAUCCGGGUGCAGAUCUCAGCAGUGCACAGUGAGGAGGACAUCGACCGCUGUGUGGAGGCCUUCGUGGAGGUGGGGCGGCUGCAUGGGGCACUACCCUGACCUGGCUGGUGACAAGCAGAGCCAAGGUCCCCUCCCUCCACAUUGACAAAAGGUUCCUUUUGUCAGCCCAGGCCAGAGACUCUGAGCCCUGUCAAAGUCCUGGGGCUGGGCUGGGGCAAGGCCUGUGUUUGUGGUUGAGAGUGCUAAGCAAUAAGUGUGGAAACGGGC